CUUAAAAAGUAAAAACCUCAACUUUGAUUCUUCUGAUUCUUCGAAUCUGAAGAAAUUUCAAAACUUUUUGAUUUUGAUGGGUUGUUCAACCUCAAAGCUCGACGAUCUUCCAGCGGUGGCGCUUUGUCGUGACCGUUGUAGCUUCCUUGAAGCAGCGAUUCAUCAACGUUACGCUUUAUCAGAAGCUCACGUAUCCUACACACAAUCCUUAAAAGCAAUCGCUCACUCUCUUCACCAAUUCAUCAAUCAUCACCACCUUGACGACGAUUCUGAUUCACCCAAGAAAGUUAAACCCAAUAUGGAUUCUGGGUCGGGUCAUCUCGAUUUCGAUUCGGAUUCUGACGACGAUGAUGAUAUUGAUUCGUUGCAUUCGUCUCCUCUGCAUCAUCAUUUAGACGAUGACUCGAAUUCGAAAUCUUAUUUGCAUAUGAAUUAUAUGAAGAAUAGUUCGAUACCUCCUUCUGUGGUUUAUGAGCAGAGACCUGUGAGUCCUCAGAGAGUUUAUUUCGGUGAAUCAUCAUCAACCUCUGAGUAUUACAAUCCAUAUCUGAAUUCGAGAUUGCCUCCGGCGCCACCAUCGCCGCCGAGGGAAAAGGUUUGGGAUUUCUUAAACCCUUUUGAUACUUAUUAUACUCCGUACACUCCUAGUCGUGAUUCGAGAGAGUUAAGAGAGGAAUUGGGUGUUCCGGAUUUAGAGGAAGAUGAUGAGGUUGUGAAGGAAGUACAUGGGAAACAGAAAUUUGUGGCUGUUCCCGCCACCGUGGAAGAGCCGAUAGGUAAAUCCGGUGCUAGCACUAGCGGUGGAGGAGGAGGAGGUCAGGCUUCUUUGUAUCAGACGAGGCCAAGUGUGUUAGUUGAGAAAGAAGAAAUGGAGCAUGAGGUUCAUGUUGUGGAGAAGAAAGUUGUUGAGGAUGGUGGAGGUGGGGAUGAGGCGAGGAAGAGUAAUGCUGCGGUUGCGCGUGGUGGUGGUGGCGGUGGCGGUGUACGGCGUGGGGUGCCUGAGGUUGUGAAAGAGAUAGAAGUUCAGUUCUUGAGAGCUGCAGAGUCAGGAAAUGAGAUUGCAGUGAUGCUUGAAGUGGGCAAGCAUCCUUAUGGUCGCAAACAUGUUUCAUCGAAGAAGCUGCAUGAGGUUACCUCAUCACCGUCUGUGGUUUCGUCAGCUCAAUCAUCAACCUCCAAGAAAGCUAAAGCUGAAGCCUCUUCUUCAGUGGCUGCUCUUACUUACGCAGACAUUGAGGCAGAGCUUGCUUUAAGGUCUCGUAAUCUUUCUUCGACAUUGCACAAGCUGCACCUUUGGGAGAAGAAGCUUUACGAUGAAGUUAAGGCCGAGGAAAAACUGCGUGUAAACCACGAGAAAAAGUUAAGGAAGCUGAAGCGUAUGGAUGAAAGAGGUGCCGAGGAUCAAAAAGUAGAUUCAACUCGAAAAUUAGUUAGAAGUAUGUCCUCAAAGAUAAGGAUUGCGAUUCAAGUGGUUGACAAAAUAUCAAUUACAAUUAACAAGAUAAGAGACGAAGAACUAUGGCUGCAACUCAAUGAAUUGAUCCAAGGGCUUAGCAAAAUGUGGAAAUCCAUGCUUGAGUGCCAUCAAAGUCAGUGUGAGGCUAUUAAGGAAGCCAGAGGUUUAGGCCCCAUUAGAGCGAGCAAAAAUCUUGGUGACAAUCAUCUCGAGGUAACAAGGACGCUUGGGCUUGAUCUUAUAAAUUGGAUUGUGGGAUUUUCGAGUUGGGUUAGUGCGCAAAAGGGUUUUGUACGAGAGCUGAAUAGUUGGCUUAUGAAGUGUCUUUUCUAUGAACCUGAGGAAACUCCCGAUGGAAUCGUUCCUUUUUCUCCUAGUCGUAUUGGGGCUCCAUUGAUUUUUGUAAUCUGUAACCAGUGGGAACAAGCUCUGGAUAGAAUAUCAGAAAAGGAAGUUAUCGAGGCUAUACGCCGUUUCACAACGAGUGUGCUUCAUCUUUGGGAACAAGAUAGGUUAGUAACCCGGGAGAGGAUGAUGGGGCAUGGUGAUCCAAGGAAUAUGGACCGGGAGGAACUGAGAAUACAGAAAGAGAUUCAAGAAUUGGAAAUGAAAAUGGUUCUGGUGGGUCCAGGCGAGGAUAACAUUGUCUACCAAAGCGACACUAGUAACGAGAGUUUACAGGGUAGUCUUCAACGUAUAUUUGAAGCUAUGGAGAAAUUUACAGAGGAAUCUCUGAAAGCUUAUGUAAAUCUCUUGCAUCGUGCUGAAGAAGAAGAAUGCGGCUCUCCGGAAACAGAUGAAGAAGACUAAUGGAAAACCGUGGAGGAAAGUAUCACAUGACCAAAAAAGUCAUCAUAGAGUUGUGAGGCUUAAGACAGCUAAUUUAUGCUUGGCCAUGUUGCAUGAUCAGCCAUAACUCAGCUCUGCGUGGUCUGAAGACCGGAGUACCAGACCAGAUUCAUGUAUGACUGGUAUUUAAUGCACUGGGAAGUUAACAAAUCAUCUUCCCCAGA